AUGAAGAAGAAGACCAGUCAAAUAAGAAAAAAAACAGGAAAAAAUAAGAAAAAGAAGCGGAAAGAGUCAAGUAAGAAUAAAAACAGGGAAUUGCUUGAAAAUAAUACUGAAGAAAAUUUGGAUACAGAAAACGAGAACGUAGGAGAAAAAGGUUUAAAAAGAGUGAAGAAAAACACGAGAAAGGAAAGGGCUCUUUCGAAACAAACAGGAAAAGAAUACGUAAGAAAAGAUGGUCAAUUAGUGCCAGAAAAAUCAAUUCAACCUAAUCCAUGUAAGGGUAAGAAAUGUGGGAACAAUUGUGAAAACGUAACCGAAGAAAAAAGGCAACAAGUAUUUAAACAUUUUUGGACGCUUACCCCUGAACGCCGUAGAGACUGGUUGGUUGGCAUGACUGACAAAGGAAACGUUAAACGUAAACGUAGUAGUUCAGAAUUGCGCAGUUACACAUAUAAGUAUUGCAUUACUGAUGGUGAAGGAAAAAGAUCUGUAUGCUUACAGUUUUUGGCAGCAACAUUAGAUAUUUCACAAAAGUGUAUAUAUUACACGGUAAAAAAUGCUUCCUCGGGAAGUGCUAAAGAAGACUUGCGAGGAAAAUGUGAACCACACAACAAAACCAAACCUAGUACUAAAGAAUCUGCCGUCAAUUUCAUCAUAAGCCUACCAGCCGUCCCCUCACAUUAUUGCCGUCAUGAUUCUACCCGGGUUUACUUGCCGCAGGAAUACAAAAAUAUUGCACACGUAUACAGCGUUUACAAAGAACGCAACGUGAAAGCUGGCAUAGACAUAGUUAGUGAAAAGAUUUUCCGAAAAAUAUUUAGCGAAGAAUUUAAUAUAUCAUUUCAUGUCCCUAAAAAAGACAAGUGCCUGAAAUGUUUACAGUUGCAACAUGCAGAUCUCAGCGAUCCAAAAAAAAAGAAAGAAAAGAAAGAUCAUGAAACAGAGAAAGAAGAAAGUUUUAAUAGAUUUUCUACUCAUAAAUCUAUACACAAAACUGAUCCUUCCACAUUAUGUGCAAGCUUCGACUUGGAGAAGGUGUUGAAUACUCCACAUGGCGAGUCAAUGCUGCUUUAUUAUUCAAGAAAAAUAGCGGUAUAUAAUCUAUGUUUCUACGAAAACGGAACACGUAGAGUAACUUGCUAUUAUUGGGAUGAAAGCAACGGGAAAAGGGGUGCAAAUGAAAUCGCAAGUAUUCUCCACAGGUACAUAAAAUCUGUGGAUGAAAGAGAAAAUAUAAAACACCUUCUUCUAUACUGCGACUGUUGCCCUGGGCAGAAUAGAAAUCGCACUGUCCUAGCCAUGAUACAUUCUACUUUGCAGGAGUGUAAUAAUCUUCAGACGAUACAAAUUAAUUAUUUACUAACAGGACACACAUAUAUGCCUGUUGACAGUGUACACGCCGUUAUAGAGAACAACCUUAAAAAAACUAUAAUUCAUGCGCCUUCGCAAUGGUACACUGUAUUUGCUACGGCAAGAAAAGAACCUUUUCCGUAUGAAGUUGAAGCAAUGACUUUUGAAAGUUUUAAUAGAUGGGACGUCGAUGGUGAUAAAUACUUCAAAGGGAAUUUGACUGGGAAAAUUAGCAAAGUUCGUGUCGUGACUGUCAAGAAAAAUAAGCCUUCCAUGAUUUCUAUCAAAGACUCCAUGAACGUUAAUGCAAAAUCGUAUAAUGUCGAAGUUCAAUCCAAAACCAAAGGUCCACUGAUGCCUUGCUACCGAUCACGACUGCCAAUCGCAGAGGCCAAAUAUAAUGAUCUCAUGAAACUUUGUAAAGAUAAAGUAAUACCUGCUCCAUUCCAUCACGAAUACUCCAUUAUCCCAAAGGCUACUAAUGCAAAAGAUACCUUGCCUGAAUCAGAUAUAGAAGAUGAUGAAUAA